AGUAUGGCGGAGCCGACAGUCCGCAUGUCCGGGAUCGUUUUAGCUUCUUUAAUGUUUCAGCAUGUUAACAGCGACUCAGACGUGGAAGGUUUGAUCCUCGGAGAAAGCAAAAUCGAGGAGCAGGUUACAAUCAGCGACUCUCAAGCUGAUCACAUUCACAUCGAGGAGAUUUACAAUGUUCAGAAGCACAUUGCCUGCCACAAACUGAACAACUUUUAUAACAGUGUUGGAGACGUGAACGUUGACACAGUGAAGAAGAUCCUGGCAGACAAUAAAGAGGAGAGCGUGAUCGGUUGGUACCGGCAGCGGAGGAACACGGAGCAGCAGAUGACGUUCAGAGAGCGAAUCGUCCACGAGAAGCUGCAGAGCGCUCUGUCCAACCCGCACAUGAUCUUUGUGCUGCUGACGCCCAGCAAGCUAACGUCUGCAGGCUCAACACACAGGAUGGAGUACGCUGCCUUCAUCUCACGCAGCAGACGCUUCGUCAACGUUCCCGUGCUGGUGAAUAAUCUCGGUUUACUGGAGCAGCUUUCCUACUGGAAGGUUUCUGCUCCGUGUUCAGCUGCUGGUUACAACCUGACCAUGAAGAGACACGGCUCAAAGUUUUUCUCCCCCAACGGUUUUCUGAGAGAAGUCAACGACAUGAACAAGAUGAACGAUUCUCUGCAGGCCGAGCUGCAGAAAACGUGCAGCGACGUCGAGGAGAGCGAACGCCUCGUAGAAACUCUGCUGGCAGAAGUUUCAUCUCUCAGGAGACGAGUCAGCGAGAAGAAGAAGAAGAAGAGCGGAGAGGAGGAUGAAGAUGCAGAUCGUGUCCCAGCGGAGCAGAACCUGCGUCUCCGUGAAGCCGUCAGAGCCUUGUUCUCCUGCUCGCCGCUCUUUCACUCGCAGACUUUAACCCUCGAAGCGUUUCCUGUUCCCGACGACGCCGAGCCGACGCCGACAACAACAGCUCAGGAGAUAAACUCUGCUCUGAAUCUGAAUCCAGGAUCAGCGAACACGCGGAAGAGACUGAAGGAAACGCCGCCGCUGAGAGAGAGGAAACGCAGGAAGAGCCGAUCCUGAAACCAGUUUAUCAUCGAUGGAAACUGAACUCUGUUUUUAA